CUGUCAGAUGCACAAGACAGAACUGAAGAUUAAGCCAGAAGGUGUUAAGAGAGGAUAUCCUCUUGAGAUCGACUUUGAUGCUCUUCCAGAGCGUAUCAAAUCUCUCCAGGCAGAGCUCGAGCGUGUCAUAUCCCAAGAUACGCCCAGUAUUUACAGGGAUGCGGCUCUCCAAGCGUAUAAAGAUCUUGGUCAAGUAAAGGCAAGAGGCACUAUGGCUGUUAUGGCUAGAUUUGAAUACACCUUGCCUGGUUAUUAUGGGUCCAAGGGUGCAGCCAUAAUGCAGAAAGUCUUGGACACAAUGUUUGUAAAGACAAACAUCCUCACACAUGAAACAGCAGCCCCUCAGUUACCUAUGGAAUAUUUACAACAAGUGCUUGUGCCUGAGACGGCUUACAGACUUAUUCGCGAAGAUCUCGCCAAACAAGGGCUAGAAUCGCAAGAUGCUAAGCAAGUUAUGAAAGAAAGCAGCGAAUUUGGCAGUGUUGUUCACCGAGAUCCUGAUGUGAUGGAGCAUUAUUAAUAAUUUAUCAUUGUACACCACCGAAUUUGUUCAAUUUCUCGUAAAUAUAUAUAAAUAUAUAUUCCAUGGUAUUAAUCUAUGAAUAAUGCAGUAUUUACAACUCU